GUGGAGUUUUUCUUGACCCAAGAUCCUGUUUCAACAAGUGACCCUGUCCAGAGAAGGAGAGGGGCGAAGGAGGAAGCUAUUUAAAGAAAGCUGGGAAGUCUCCUCUCUCGACUGGUUUUUCCUUUCCUCCUCCUGCGUUCCUUCCAUCCAGCCCCCGGCACCCCGGGCUGACGAAAAUGGGGAAAGGGGUUGGGCGGGAGUAUUCGCCGGCGGCAACCACCUCCGAGAAUGGCGGUGGCAAGAAGAAGCAGAAGGAGAAAGAGUUGGACGAGCUGAAGAAGGAGGUGAACCUGGAUGAUCACAGGCUGUCCCUGGAUGAAUUGGGCAGGAAAUACCAGGUGGAUCUGUCCAGGGGUCUGACCAACACCCGCGCAGCCGAGAUCCUGGCACAGGAUGGCCCCAACGCCCUCACGCCCCCCCCGACCACCCCCGAGUGGGUCAAGUUCUGCCGCCAGCUCUUCGGGGGCUUCUCCAUCCUGCUGUGGAUUGGCGCCAUCCUCUGCUUCCUGGCCUACAGCAUCCAGGCCGUGAUGGAGGACGAGCCGGCCAACGACAACCUGUACCUGGGCGUGGUGUUAGCUGCUGUGGUCAUAGUCACCGGCUGCUUCUCCUACUACCAGGAAGCCAAGAGCUCCAAGAUUAUGGAUUCCUUCAAAAACAUGGUACCACAGCAAGCCCUGGUGAUCCGAGAGGGCGAGAAGAUCCAGAUCAACGCCGAGAACGUGGUGGUGGGAGACCUGGUGGAGGUGAAGGGGGGAGACCGGGUCCCUGCUGAUCUGCGCAUCAUCUCCUCCCACGGCUGCAAGGUAGAUAACUCCUCCCUGACGGGCGAGUCGGAGCCACAGACCCGCUCCCCCGAGUUCACCCACGAGAACCCCCUGGAGACCCGCAACAUCUGCUUCUUCUCCACCAACUGUGUGGAAGGCACUGCCCGGGGCAUCGUCAUCUCAACUGGGGACCGCACAGUGAUGGGCCGCAUCGCCUCGCUGGCUUCGGGGCUGGAGGUGGGCCGCACGCCCAUCGCCAUGGAGAUCGAGCACUUCAUCCAGCUCAUCACCGGGGUGGCCGUCUUCCUGGGCCUCUCCUUCUUCAUCCUCUCCCUCAUCCUCGGCUACACCUGGCUGGAGGCCGUCAUCUUCCUCAUCGGCAUCAUCGUCGCCAACGUCCCGGAGGGGCUCCUGGCAACCGUCACGGUGUGUCUGACCCUCACCGCCAAGCGCAUGGCGCGCAAGAACUGCCUGGUGAAGAACCUGGAGGCGGUGGAGACGCUGGGCUCCACCUCCACCAUCUGCUCCGACAAGACGGGCACCCUGACCCAGAACCGCAUGACGGUCGCCCACAUGUGGUUCGACAACCAGAUCCACGAGGCUGACACCACCGAGGACCAGUCCGGUGCAACCUUCGAUAAGCGCUCGCCCACCUGGGCGGCCCUGGCCCGCAUCGCCGGCCUGUGCAAUCGAGCCGUCUUCAAGCCAGGCCAAGAGAACGUCUCCAUCUCCAAGCGGGACACAGCGGGCGACGCCUCCGAGUCGGCCCUGCUCAAGUGCAUCCAGCUCUCCUGCGGCUCGGUCAAGAAGAUGCGGGACAAGAACCCCAAAGUGACAGAGAUUCCCUUCAACUCCACCAACAAGUACCAGCUCUCCAUCCACGAGCGUGAGGACAAUCCUGAGGGCUACUUGCUGGUGAUGAAGGGCGCGCCGGAGCGCAUCCUCGACCGCUGCUCCACCAUCCUGGCGCAGGGCCAGGAGCUGCUCCUGGAUGAGGAGAUGAGAGAUGCCUUCCAGAACGCCUACCUCGAGCUGGGCGGGCUUGGGGAGCGAGUGCUGGGCUUCUGCCACCUCAACCUGCCCCAAGACAAGUUUCCCCGGGGGUUCAAGUUUGACGCGGACGAGGUCAACUUCCCCACCACCGGCCUGUGCUUUGUGGGGCUCAUGUCCAUGAUCGACCCGCCCCGGGCGGCUGUGCCGGAUGCGGUGGGCAAGUGCCGGAGCGCAGGGAUUAAGGUGAUCAUGGUGACCGGCGACCACCCCAUCACCGCCAAGGCCAUCGCCAAGGGCGUGGGCAUCAUCUCCGAGGGCAACGAGACGGUGGAGGACAUCGCGGCCCGGCUCAACAUCCCCGUUACCCAGGUCAACCCCAGGGAAGCCAAGGCCUGUGUGGUACAUGGCUCUGACCUCAAGGACAUGACUCCGGAGAAGCUGGACGAGAUCCUCAAGAACCACACAGAGAUUGUCUUUGCCCGCACCUCCCCGCAGCAGAAGCUCAUCAUCGUGGAGGGCUGCCAGAGGCAGGGGGCCAUCGUGGCCGUGACAGGGGAUGGAGUGAACGACUCGCCUGCCCUGAAGAAGGCCGACAUCGGCAUCGCCAUGGGCAUCGCCGGCUCCGACGUCUCCAAGCAGGCGGCCGACAUGAUCUUGCUGGACGACAACUUCGCCUCCAUCGUGACAGGGGUGGAAGAAGGCCGCCUGAUCUUCGAUAACCUCAAGAAAUCCAUCGCCUACACGCUGACCAGCAACAUCCCCGAGAUCACCCCCUUCCUGCUCUUCAUCAUCAUCAAUAUCCCGCUGCCCCUGGGCACCGUCACCAUCCUCUGCAUCGACCUGGGCACCGACAUGGUCCCUGCUAUCUCCCUGGCCUACGAAGCCGCAGAAAGCGACAUCAUGAAGAGGCAGCCGCGGAACCCCAAGACGGACAAGCUGGUGAAUGAGCGACUCAUCAGCAUGGCCUACGGGCAGAUCGGUAUGAUCCAGGCCCUGGGCGGGUUUUUCACCUACUUUGUGAUCUUGGCGGAGAACGGGUUCCUGCCGUCCACCCUGCUGGGCAUCCGCCUGGACUGGGACGACCGCUCCAAAAACGACCUGGAGGACAGCUACGGGCAGGAGUGGACCUACGAGCAGCGCAAGGUGGUGGAGUUCACGUGCCACACGGCCUUCUUCGCCAGCAUCGUGGUGGUGCAGUGGGCCGACCUCAUCAUCUGCAAGACCCGGAGGAACUCCGUCUUCCAGCAGGGCAUGAAGAACAAAAUUCUGAUUUUCGGUCUCCUCGAAGAGACGGCCUUGGCCGCCUUCCUGUCCUACUGCCCUGGCAUGGGGGUGGCGCUGCGGAUGUACCCGCUCAAGGUCACUUGGUGGUUCUGCGCCUUCCCGUACAGCCUGCUGAUCUUUGUGUACGAUGAAGUGCGGAAGCUGAUCCUGCGGCGCUAUCCUGGUGGCUGGGUGGAGAAGGAGACGUAUUACUGAGCUGGGCCAGCCAGGCGGCUCCUCUCUCCACGUCGCUGCUCCGCCGAGGCCGCCUGGCACCACCGCAAACCUUAGAGCAGAAUGGGGGGGGGGACAUCAGCAGCACACGCUGCCCUGUGUAGAUCUAACGCGUAGGCACUAACCCUGCCGGGACGAGGGGACGAGACCCCGGAUCCCUGCCCUGGUAGCUAGGCGGGGCGGUAGGCAGAGCAGGCUUGACCCCAAUUGGCCCCUGCUGAUUUCCAUGUGGGGAGGGGAGCUGGCUUGAUGACACAGAGACCCUGGACGGGCCUAUGGGGGAGAGAGGGCAGCCAAGCUCUGGUGGGUCCCAGCCGGGCUCUGUGGAGCCAGCAGCCCUUGGCCAGAGAAAGAGGGAGUGAGUGUUUGUGUGUGGGGGGGGCACCCUAGGGCCCCUGGUGUGAGGAUGAAAGGCACCCCCAGGUAGGGUGACCACCCGUCCUGAAGCAGGCAGGACAGUCCCGAAAUACAGAGUUCAAGCCCCGGUCUGGGACUGAGGUAGACCUUAGCCCCACCAUUGCCACAAGACCCCACCCCUGCUCCUCCUCUCCCCUCCAAGGUCUCGCCCCCUGGCCAGGCUGGAAGCUGGAGCUGGACCUGGACCAUAGUAAGAACCACCCAAGGAGCCCAGGCCGCUGUGGGCAGCCCCAGACCCUGCACCUGCCCUGGGCGGCACACACCAGGGGGCAGGGACACAGGAUGCUGUCAAGCACCCCAGCCCCCCACUCAGGGCAGGUGGAGGCUCUGGGGCUCCCUACCGCAGCCUGGCCUCCCUGGGUGGCUCUUACCACAGCCUGGCUCUGGCUUCUGGCCUGGCCAUGGGGCAGGGCCUUGAGGGGGGAAGAGGAAGAGCAGGGGGUGGAGCCAAAGAGGGGGGCGGGGCUCCUGCAUGUGUCCCACUUUUCCCUUUUGAAAAGGUGGUCACUCUACCCCCAGGCCUGGCAUGUAGGAGCUCCCCACGGCUGUGAGCAGAUCCCCGCCCCCCACACUAUACUGGUGCUGGGGGGUUGUUUGCUGGGGCAACACUGCCCUGGGUGGGGGUAGAGGGGCAGGGGGUCUGGUCACUGCCCUGGUGGGGGAUGCGGGGGUCUGGUCACUGCCCUGGGCAGAGGGGAGAGGACAGGGCAUCUGAUCACUGGCCCAGGUGGGUUAGGGAGGGUCCAGGGGGUCUGGUCACUUCCCUGGGCUGGAGGUGGAGGGGCAGAGGAGCCCCCACAAGCAGGCUCCUCGUAUGUCGAAGAUGUGCAAUAAAAAUAAUUUAACCCCU